AUGAAUUUUAUUUUGAUUCUGAAGGCUUUGAUGAACUUCAAUUUUCUCAUUCCGGUACUCACUGGAGCUUCUGCUCUGACGAUUCACCGUUCUCUGUGCGUUCAACUUGGUCAUGAAACAGAAGCUUUAAAACGGCCUUAUAAGUGCGAUGUGGGAAGGAAAGACAGUAUACCCAAAGAGCCAAGAGGAUGUGCAAGCUUAUGCUCUCUGUUCGUCUUCAACAAUGACAGGCAAAAACACAACUCAACAGCACCACACUGCAUUCGCAACCACACUGCAAACCCAUUCUUGAACCACAAUCCUGUCUCACGCUCGAGCUCUUUACUCAUAAAGGCGUGA